AUGUCGGGCAAUUCCUUGAAUAAUUGCGGGAUCUGUGUAACCCUCCGAAUGGGAUUUGACUUGAACGGUUGUACUGUUGCAGGACCGUUGAGUGUGGGGCCGCCCCAAUCCAUCGGUCGAGAGAUCAGACGAAAAGAGUAUCGCCAAGCUUCUGUCAGGGAACCGGGCGUUACUGUUCAUCUAGUCGAGUCCGGUGCGGUCCCAGCACCAGGCAUGAUUGGAGAUGAGAUGGCAGAGUGGCAGACAGGGGGCGUGACGUUUGGCGAUUCCUCCUGGAAGAAUCGGAGACCUUCUUGGUCUGCAUUUCCCACCGGUUAG